CAUGUAUUCUUGUGUUCAACGUACAGGUUCCAAUGUUUGAGAUAUUUCGAUGAAAUUGGGUAAGCGGAUGAUUGGGUUUUGACCCCACUUCGUAUAAUAUUUCUCGUGAAUCAGAAAAAGCUUCAGCAAAAGCUUUAAUUUCUAUAUUUUCGAAUGAAAAUUAAUCAAUAGUAUUAGGGAAUUUGUAUCACAUAGGUCUAUUUUCAUCCUCCCACAAACGGAGCAGCUAUAAUGAAAGACAAACCCUUGGCUUGACGACAAAUUUUCAGUUUUUUAUGACGGAAACUGAAAAUUGAUCAAAUUUUUAGGAAGUAAAUUAAGUUUGUUAAUUUGGAUCACGUCAUAUGAUGUUUUGGACACGCCCCAAUAUUCGGGUCCUGAUGAAAAGUGCAGAGGAAAAUCAUGCGUCAUUUUUGAUGUACUAGUACCGAAACGAGUGAGUAACCGUAUUGGGCGAAAUGGUGUACAUAAUGCUUGGCCUUGCCCGAAUAUCCCGAUUUGUAUUAGUCUUCAACUACUUUUCUCUUAUUUUAAAAAUGUUUAUGAAAAAAGAGUUAUAUAAAUUUCUAAAACUUAUCAAAGGGUAUAUGAAGAACACUUUGCUUCGAAAUUUGUUACAAAAUGAAAACAAAUUCUUUUGAAGAAUAAUAAUAAUCUUUGAAAUUUCCGUCAACCAAUGUUCUUCAGAUUUUCUACAAAUUUUAGAAAACUUUUUCAUAAUUUAAUUGAAACUUUUCGGUUUUUUUUUUAGAAAAUUCUAUAAAUAUAUUUCUUUUUAACAACUUUUUCGCAUUGCGCAAUUACGCGAAAACAAAAUCAUACAAACAAAUCUCCAAAAAAAGUAAAACGAAAAAAUUCCGAAACUUAAUCCAACUUGUAUGAAAUCCUUGGAUCAUUUCGAAUUUUUCCUUAUCAAAAAAAAAUUAUUGAAUUGGUUAAGAAAUCUUUGGCAUUAAAACAUGGAUUUGAAAACUGGAGUUGCUGGCGGCGGCGGUUUAGGUGUUGCUGGAAGCACAGGCCCACUGCGAUCUUCCGCUGCUGCAAGAGCUUCACAGUCGGGUGCCGACGCUAAAGCUAAAAGUAAAAAAGACGGAAUAGGCUUUGUAUUUGACAUUAUUGUCGUGCGUGUCGAUGUACCCAAUGAAACAUUUGCAAAACCGGAUUUACUAACAGUUGACGUCAAAUUUAAUAAUGUUGAUUUGAAGAUUACGUCCAGUCGUAUUAAUGUAGUAGAGUUUCGUUCCGGACGUAGUUACGAAUUCAUCGAUACCCCAUUGAAUUUAAAAGAGCAACUGAGAAAACAACCUUUAGCUUUGGCGGUGAAAUAUGAAGAUCGUGUGAUUGGAACCGGGCAAAUAGUUUGGCCUGAUACAUUUACUAGCCGAAUAAAUGAUUGUGCUGGAGAAAUAACACAUUGCGAUGAGACAGAGCUAAAAGAUGGCCGCGGUAGUAAAACGGGUUCCAUAGAGGUUAUCAUUCGUAUUCAAACGAAAUGCAAGGAUUACGUUGACCCCGAUUAUAAUCUCUCCAAACGUUCGGAUAUUUGCUCUCAAAUGGAUAAAGUAAUCGAUGCGAAUGAUAUUCUUUUUGUCGUUGGGGAAGACAAGUCGGCUUGCUGUUGCGCCCAGGUUGGCGUUAUACCGGCAUCAGAUUCGGAAAAAUCUGUGUACCCGACCUGUUUGGAUUUAUCAAAUUUUCGUAAGGUUAAUGGUAGAACCGUAACUUCGCCGGAUAUCUUAGAUAGUCUCAACAAUGGCAAUUGUAACCAGGGACAAAAAGUAAGGGAGCAAUAUAAAGAUUUGAUCAGCGGUUUGGAUUCAAUUGAGACAUCUUGUUGUCCACGGCGUAAGCAUACUAGCCAUCAACCAACCCAACACAGGAGCAUGCCACUUUGCAGCAGUUCAGAAUCGAAUUUUCGCAAUUGUCGUUGUCCGUCAGGAGAAGAUCCUUUCGCUGCCGAAAAAGUAGUACGAUUGUGCCCUAGCUUAACUGCACCCGAACUUAGGCAGACUGUUCCACGUUCAAAAAGGACAUGUCCUCUUUGCAAAGAAGACGUUUCCUGGCUGCCGAAAAUGGCCGCUUGUCCGAAAUGCGGUUACAAGCCGAUACCAUAUUUCGAUGAAAAGGCUUACAAUGAGCGAAUAUGUGCCGAAGAGGUAUUAGAAGAGUAUUUAGAUAAGAAAUCCAGUUGUAGCGACAGUAUUGAUCAACAUUCUAAAGACGGAUCCGAGGAGAAAAAACAAUGCCGCUGCACGUGUAAACCGGGCAAAGUAUGUGCUCAUUGCCGUAUCCGUAAACUAUGCGAAGAUAUUUUUCAACCUGAACCAAAGCAAGGCGAACAAUGCGAUAAAUGUGAACGCCAAUCGUCCGAAUUAUAUAAUAUAUGUCAAAGUGGGGCGGGAAUCGGUGACGAUUGUCGACCUUAUUUAGCUCGAGUAUUUUCCGAGUUACGUGAUCUUUACGAUAUAAAAGAAACUAAGAAGAAAAAGUUCGAGAAAAACGAAAAAUGUGAAAGGCAAUUUACUGAACGUGCGAAGCGAAAUAUUAAUAAGGGAUCACGUGCUCGAAGCGGCAGAUCAGAUGGCGAUAAAAGCGCUCGUAGCAAUUUCACUGUUACUGCUACGAGUACCACUGCCGAACAAGCGGAUGACAAUAAGAUUGAGGCACAGCAAAGUAUUGAAGAAGUAAAUCGAGCAUUGAGAAAACGUUUAAGAAGAGAAGAGCGUAAGAAACAUCAAGAGGUCGAACGAAUUCGAAAAAAGUUUUUGCAGAAAAAUUUCAAGAAAUCUGAAAAACCUUGCAAAAGUAAAAACUACAAUUAUCGAACCGUACGCAAAUAUCCAGGCAAUCAAAUUGGCCAUAAAACUUGUGUAAAUGGCUUCGCUGCAGGUCGCAAAAAUGUUCCUUCUAAUAUGGGUUGGUUAUGGAAUGUCGAGGCUAAAGGCAGUAGAGCUGGCUGGAAACCUGGUGCUAUACGUAAACCUAUCAAAGAGCUGAUGAAAUAUUUCCUCAAAGAUUAUCCCGCUGAUACGUUGAGAGUGUCGCAGUAUUCUUAUCGUAAAAAAGGUUGCAACGGCAAAGAAAAAGUGGACGAAUUAGUCCAAAGACCGACACUGCACAUAUUUAAGAAAAAUGGCGAGUAUAUAAUAACGAUGCGACCAUUGAAAGAUCCGGAAGCUUUAAAACAAUGCGCUGAUCCAUACUUAGACAUGAAACCAAUUCAAUUCAAAAUUAUUAAAAAUCCUUUAAUGGUGGAGAUACGUAAGCUGAAACGCUGUCUCAAAGAUAUGGGUUUUAGUAAAUGCACUUGUCAUAAACCGAUUAUUUGCUGUUUUUGUCGCAGCUUUCUAGACAAGAAAAGAUUAGAAUAUCAGUGCAAUAAAGAGUGCCGAAAACGUAACUUACCCAAUGUCGCCGACAAGUUGGUUCUAUCCGAUACCACUGAUAGCGAUGUCGAAUUUGAUUUCGGUGUCACACCUCCAGCAGGCGUAAUAAAACCGGAAAAAGGAAAAAAACCGGAUUUGGUCAAUCAUGGAACGCAAUACAACGAAGGCGAUUGGAAUGUGACGCCGAUGUAUCCUCGUGAGCCUAACAAAUACAUGAAGCUUUACAAUUGUGCAAUUGGUGAAAGAUUUGGUAAAGCUUUUGGCCCCUAUGGUCCUGAUGGUUAUUAUCCCGGUGCCUCGCCUCUUCCUGGCGGCCUUUACGGGCCAUGUGGGCCGGGUGGUGGUUUUGGAGGACGAGGAGGAGGUUGGGGUACCGGUGGUGAAGGCGGGGGAGGAGGUGGCGGUGGUUUUGGAGGAAGAGGAGGAGGAAAAGGAGGAGGAAAAUUUGGGGGUAGGUUUGGCCCCGGUUUCGGCCCUGGUGGUGGCCGCGGGCCGUUCGGCGGCAGAGGUGGUCCUGGAGGUUUCGGAGGUCCUGGAGGUUUCGGUGGUCCUGGAGGUUUCGGAGGUCCUGGUGGUCCUGGGGGUCCUGGAGGUCCAGGCGGCCCAGAUGGGGGACCUGACGGAAAAGGAGGACGCCAUAAGGGUGGCGGAAAAGGUGACGGCAAAGUCGAUAUGAUGAAAUAUAUUCUGGAGAAAGCCAAAAAAGAGAAAGCGGCCGGCGGCAAAUCGAAAAAGAAGAAUUUGAUGGAAGGCCCACCGCCAAUACUCUGUAUGAUUGAUCGUCGCGGCAAGCCAUGUGAUCCGUGCGCUCCGUGUGGUCCGUGCGGUCCGUGCGGACCAUGCUUGCCCUAUGACCCAUGCGGUGAUACUUGUUAUCGUCAUGAUCCUCGCAUAUGUUGA